CGCCAUCUUACAAAAACAAUAAAAAUUAUUUUCAUUAUAAACUUGGGCAUUUUCCCACCGAUGGCGCUACAAGUUUAAAAAAAAAAACAGCUCGCCAUCUAGCAGCGACAUUGAGAACUAUCUUCGCUAGAAACUUGGCAAUUUUCCCACGGGUAAUGCCUGGUAACUCAUUGUUUGUGCGGUGUGUAACGUGUCAGAUCACGUAUUUGUUAAGUAUACCGAACAGUGUAUACUAUAAGAUGAUUACAGACGUGCAGCUCGCCGUUUUUUGCAACAUCCUCGGUGCGACGUUGUUUUGUUUAGUAUUCCUAUUUCAUUAUAUAAAUGCAAAUUAUUCAAAAUAAGGAAAUGACACAAACUCUUAAACAUAACCUCAAUCUGCGUCAUCAAAUAUUUGUACACGUACAGAUGGGGUUCCAUAUCAACAUGUAUUUGAAAUUGUACGAAUGAAGUCUAUCGUUUAAUGUAACUGGCUUUAACUUUAUAAAUACAAUUAACCACAUUAAAUAAAAAUAUAUUUUCUGUA